AUGGCUAGCAUUUUAUUCCUUCCCUUGCUACUAUACAUUUGUUUCCUGAGCGUCGCCACGGCCCAGAACAAGUACAAGCAUGUAUCAAACGAGCUAUUCAACUCCCUAGAAGAGUUCUCCCGAAUAGUGGACAUUUCAUACUGCGUCGGAACAACAGGAGUACAGCAGCCAUUCCAGUGCCUCAGCCGCUGCAUCGAGUUCCCGGAUCUAGAACUAGUAACAACCUGGAACACCGGCCUCCUCCUCUCCGACUCAUGCGGCUACAUCGCCCUCUCCCACACCCCCUCCGCGAAACAAAUAAUCCUCGCCUUCCGCGGCACCUACUCAAUAACAAACACAAUAAUCGACCUCUCCGCCUACCCGCAAGCCUACAUCCCCUACCCAGACCCCGAAAACAACACUACCACAAACCCAAUCCCCACAGGUCCGCACUGCGAAAACUGCACCGUGCACGCGGGCUUCAUGCGCUCAUGGCUGCAUACCCGAACAGAAAUCCUCCCACAGAUCUCCACCCUGCGCCAAAAAUACCCAGAUUACGCCAUAACGCUAGUAGGCCACUCCCUCGGCGGGGCCGUUGCAGCACUAGCAGGGCUGGAGAUGCGUAUGAAAGGCUGGGACGCAACGGUAACGACGUUCGGGGAGCCGAUGAUCGGGAACGCGGCGUUCGCAGCCUUUCUCGACGAGCAAUUCGGGCUCGGGGAUGGGAUAUCGAUCCCGCCGCUUGAGGGGGGGAGGGAGGGGUUGCCGCCGCGAAGGGAGGAUAUUGUUCAUUGUUUUGGUGCGGAGGAUCCUGGGUGUAUUGCCGGUGAGGGGAGUGAGGGGGUUUUGGUUGAGUUGUAUCGGGAUUUGAAUGUUCCUGUUGGGUUGGCUGGUUCUAGUGAGGAGGGGUGUCGGUCGAGUGGUGGUGAUGGUGCUGUGUCUGACGAGCAGGCUGUCUUGGGACGUGAGAGUUCAGAUGUUGCUGAUUGUGAGGACAAAUUAUCGCCUCUACGGUGGGAUUGGUCUCUUAUACCGGCGAGGUAUCGGCUUUGGGAACUGUUUUAUGCUCAUCGGGAUUACUUUUGGCGGAUUGGUCUUUGUGUUCCCGGGGGAGAUCCAACUGGAUAG